AUCUUAAAGUGCAAAUAUUCAGCCAUCAUUGAAUCGGCAUAAUAAGCAAAAAUGAUAACCUCAGAAGACCCCCAAGCCAGGGCACAAGACGUGAAACGCUGUCAACUUUGUCCUGGCAAAGACCGGAAGUUUGCUGCAAAGAUUGUGUGUAACACCUGUCAAGUCAACCUUUGUAUGGACUGUGCAGGACAUCACAUAACCUGGAAUCCCACAAUACGGCACGAUGUCAUCACUUUUGAAUGUAAAAAAUCUGAAAUUAUCCCACUAGAUUGCAAGCGGCAUAAAAAACAGAAAUGUGAAAGGUUCUGUGAACAAUGUGAUACUCCAGUUUGUCUGAAAUGCCUUGUGUCUGGUUCUCAUGAAAAUCACCAAGUACCGCAAAUUUCAGAAAUUCAAAGCUCAAGACAAAAGCUGAUUAAAAGAGACACACAUGAACUUGAAUCUAACAUUGCACCUGUGUUUCAAUCAAUUCUCUUUGAAUUAGAGGAAAUGUCAUCAAGUAUUAUCCAAAACCAUGGUGAAAGACAAAAAAUGUUUAGGGAAUUUGGCAACAAAUGUCAUACACUUGUAGACAUUGUCAUCAAUAAAUAUCUGAGUGAGUCAAAAAAGAUUGAAACAGAAGACAAAGACUUGGUUCAAAUCUUGAAUUCAGAGUUCGUAAAACUACAAUCCUCAGUGCAAUCAACAAUAUAUGAAAACCGUUCUAUCCUUGUUUCCAAUUAUUUAUCCAACUUUACCAGUUACGCAUCAAGGAACGAGACAUUUAGAAUUAUUCCCUCUAGAUUCAAAUUAACAGUCCCACCAUUUGAUCCGACAAAACUAACAGAAGAAUUACUGUGUCAAUUCAUUGGAGACAUUCCUACCACACUUAAAACCAUCAUUUCCGGUCAUGUCUUACCAUUCGUUCAAAAUCUAAAAUCUAUUGGUUAUGAACCAAAGAAAAAAUUGUUAGAGAAGUCUAAGUUGGUAAUAGCAUUCCACGUUGGGUUUGAUAAAACUUAUGGUGUACAUUGUACGUCUAACACAGGCGAGUUUUAUGGCAGGGGUAACAGUGAAAUCAUCAAACGCAUAAACAGUGAGGGGACGCUUCUGGAGGAGAUUCCCACUAGGUCAAGACAUCAACCAAUAGAUCUGAUGGUCACCAGAGAGGGACAUCUAGUGUACACUGAUUGGGUAGAUAGAACUAUCAACAUACAGACGAAUGGCAAGGUAGAAUGUCUGAUCAAACUAGAGGGCUGGCGUCCAUUGAACAUCUGUAGUACCUCAACGGACGACCUACUGGUUACCACGGUGUCUCUUGAUGAAAACCAAAGAAAAGUAGUCCGUUAUUACGGUUCUACAGUCACACAAGAAAUACAGUACAAUGAUAUAGGCAAACCUUUAUAUUCUGUCCCAAGAUCUAUUACUGAGAACAAGAACCUUGACAUCGUUGUGAGUGAUUGUGGUACAGUAGUUUUGGUGAACAGAGAUGGAAAGUUCAGAUUCAGCUAUAAUGGAAAUCUGCAAUCAAAGAAGACUUUUAGACCAUGUGGUGUGACUACAGACAGCAUGUGUCAAAUUCUGAUCGCUGACAGUCAUAACAAUGUUAUACAUAUAAUUGAUCAGUAUGGAUCUUUCCUUCAGUAUAUAGAUUGGUACUUACGACAACCACGUAGUCUCAGUACAAACCAGAAUGACAUGUUAUUUAUUGCUGAAUUUGAAACUAAAAUUGUUAAACAAAUCAAAUAUUUAGAAUAAUAUUUCUAAAAUCGUUGAAGUAUUAUGCAUGACCCAGCAUAGAGACAAUUGUUGCAUGCACAGAUUAAGAUAUUGAAUAUAAUUUAUAAAAAAGACUUUAAUUCUUUGAUGAUUUACUUUAUUAUUAAUAAACUGAAGUCGUAAUUAG